AUGUCCGAUGCCACAGCCGCGCAAAAGCCAAAGACGAUUGGUGGCUUCAUUGAAGAAGAUGAUGACGAAGACGAUGAAGAGCAAGAGCAAGGCACAGGCACAAACGGUUCGCUCGCUCAGACCCCUGUGCAGCAGCAACAGAAUGUACAAGCCGUAUAUAACCCUCCUCCUACUGAUGUACUUGAACAAGACCAUGCCCCUUCUGCUAUUCCUACACAAGGUGCUUCCGUCCAAGGCCAGGCACUGCCGCAGUCCAAUGCCCCUGUUCCUUCUGCUCAGAUGUCUUCUUCGUCCUCUGCUGCCCUCUCAAAGCCCCGCUUGCCUCAGGACCGUGUUGGUCAGCUCGAGGACAGAAUCGCUGAUGACCCCAAGGGUGAUGUUGAUGCUUGGCUUGACUUGAUUGCUCUGCACAGAUCCAAGAACAAGCUUGACGAUGCUCGCAAUGUCUACGACCGCUUCUUCGAAGUCUUCCCUACUGCUGCCGAUCAAUGGGUCGCCUACGCCCAGAUGGAGCAGGACCAGGACGACUUCAUUCGCUUGGAGAACAUCUUCAACAUGGCGCUUCUCAAGAACUACAACGUACAGCUUUGGGGAAUUUACCUCGACUACAUUAGACGUCGCAACAAUGUCAUGACCGACACGACUGGUCAAGCUCGCCAGACUAUCACUCAGGCUUAUGACUUUGCCCUCAACCUCAUCGGCAGCGACAAGGAUUCGGGAAGCAUGUGGCAAGACUACAUCAACUUCAUCAAGUCAGGCCCUGGCAAUCCCGGAGGCAAUGGCUGGCAGGAUGCUCAAAAGAUGGACACCUUGCGCAAGGCAUAUCAACGUGCCAUCACUGUUCCCAUGCAGGCCACUACCAGCUUGUGGAAGGAAUACGACUCAUUCGAGAUGGGGCUCAACAAGAUGACCGGUCGCAAGUUUCUCCAGGAGAAAUCGCCCGCUUACAUGACUGCCCGUACCUCCUACAACAUCCUCCAAAAGAUUACCCAGGACCUGAAGCGCAGACCUGUCCCCACACUGCCGCCCGCGCCUGGUUGCGAUGGCGACGACGAAUACCAGCAACAAGUCACCAUCUGGCAGAAUUGGAUCGAUUGGGAGAAGGAAGAUCCGCUGGUCCUGAAAGAGGAGGACAUCAAGGCUUACCGUGAUCGCGUACUUUAUGUGUACAGACAAGCCACUAUGGCCCUCCGCUUCUGGCCUCAAAUCUGGUAUGACGCAGCCGAGUUCUGCUUCGACAACGAGAUGGAGACCGAGGCCAAUGACUUCCUGGCUCAAGGUGCCGCCGCCAACCCGGAAAGCUGCUUGCUCGCAUUUACCCGCGCCGACCGUAUUGAGCAAUCGAUGCCUGUCGAGGAUGGCGAGGAGAGCCUCGUACGCCGUGGUGACGCUGUCAAGGAGCCCUACGAUAACUGCUUGAACGCCCUCUACGCACUGAUUGACAAGAUCAAGGCACGCGAGCCCAAGGCCAUCGCUCAGAUCAAGGAGUACUACGAGUCUCUACCUCCGCUUUCGCGCGAGCCUACUCCUGAAGCCAGAGAUGAGGAUGACGAUGACCAAACGAACAGACCCGCUGCAAACUCAAGAGAAGCAGAGGAGAAGAGACAAGUCGACGAGGUACAGAAGAACACUGCUGGUCAGGUCAGAACUGUCUCAAAGACACUUUCGUUCGUUUGGAUCGCCCUCAUGCGCGCCAUGCGCCGUAUUCAAGGAAAGGGCAAGCCCGACGCAGCCGUCGGUGGCCUUAGGAACGUUUUUGCUCUUGCAAGAAAGAGAGGCCGCAUCACAAGCGAUGUAUACGUGGCAACCGCACUGAUCGAGUACCACUGUUACAAGGACCCAGCCGCAACCAAGAUCUUCGAGCGCGGUAUGAAGCUGUUCCCCGAAGACGAGCUGUUCGCCAUGGAGUACCUUAAGCACCUGAUCGCCACCAACGACGUUACAAACGCUCGUGCUGUCUUCGAGACCACUGUUUCGAAGCUCUCGGCCAAGCCUGAGAACAUCCCCAGGACCAAGCCUCUCUACCUCUUUAUCCACGAGUACGAGUCCAACUACGGCGAACUUGCCCAAAUCACAAAGCUUGAAAAGCGCAUGGCCGACCUCUUCCCGGAGGACCCUUCGCUCGUCCGCUUCGGCCAUCGCUUCAGAAUUCCUACAUUCGACCCCUGCACAGUUCUUACCAUCAUCAGCCCGAACGCUCAGACAAGACCCAAGGAUGCAGACUUCGCCAUGCCCAGCACUGAGGCCGAACCAGUGCCCAACCCCGCUGUUCUUUCUGCCGCUGCCGGCUACGUACAGUCACCCAAGCGCCCGCUCGACAAUGCAGACUCAGAUGCGGAGCAACCUGCACGCAAGCUUGCCCGCGGUGAAUCACCACUCAAGGGUGCCGCUGGCCGUCGUCAACAACAGAGACAGCGUGCUGAGGGCUAUGGCUCGCAGGUCGUUGUCCCGCCACCCAAGCCUCUCCCCAGAGAUAUCACUUUGCUUCUCAGCAUGAUCCCCAACGCCUCGACAUACCCUGCUCAGGCAAGACUGAAUGCUGAGAGCAUGGUUGCUUUGAUCAGAAGCAUUGACCCCAACAGAGCCAUGAUGCAGGGUGGUGGCUAUGGCGGUGGCUACAACUACGGCCGCUGA